AUGUUCAUGAAAGGAAACAUUAUCUAUGGCAACUACAUGGAGCAUGUUAUGGAGUACUACAAUGCAAGUAAAACGAAUGACAACAUUCUUAUCGUUGCAUACGAAGAUGUGAAGAAACAUCCAGAAAAACAAAUACGUCGCUUAGCAAAAUUUCUUGGUACGCAACUUUCCGAUGCUGAGAUGGAAGAGAUCUUGGGUUAUACUACUUUCGAGGUGAUGUCCAAAAAUCCAAACACAAAUCACGAAGGUAGUCCAUUCUUUGACUUCACAAGAUCUAAAUUUAUGAGGAAGGGAAUCGUCGGUGAUUGGAAAAACCAUUUUACGGUGGCUCAAAGUGAAAUGUUUGACGUUUGGAUCGAGGAACACAUAAAACAAAGUGAUAUCAAAUUCUGUUACGAGCUCUAGUCUAACAGAUAAUCAGAAGCGCAAUAUUUCCUUUUCUGCUUUGUGCCAC